GACAUAGGGAUAGAGAUAGACUGCAUACAACCUCCGCUUGCCCUGCAUCAUUACUCUCCAUUUUGCAUCCAGAACGGACCAUGAGACUCUCAAGAGCAGCGCGUAUUAUCUUGGUUGGGGCUCCUGGAGUUGGAAAGGGCACGCAAGCGGAACGUUUGCUCCAACGAUUUCCCCAACUCAGCGCAAUCAGCUCCGGAGACCUCCUGCGAGACAAUGUCAAAAAUCAGACCCCACUCGGUAUCAAAGCCGAAAGUGCAAUCAAGUCCGGCGCCUUGGUGCCGGAUGCUAUGAUACUCAGACUCAUCCUCCACGAACUCAAGACCCGUGGUUGGCUUUCUGCCCCUGCAGGCACCUCACCUCUGACUCUAUCCUCUACAUCAGCCUCUGCUUCUAUGCAAGAUUACGAUACCGAUUCCUUCGUCGAACAACCAUCUCUUGCUUCCUAUCCCACUCCUCCACAAACGUCUGAUGAUCCUUCGGCAUCAUUCAUCCUCGAUGGCUUCCCACGAACAGCUGGCCAAGCUACACAGCUAGACAACCUCAUACCCAUCAACCUCGUUGUCUCGUUGAGAACUCCUUUCGAGGUCAUCUUAGAGCGGAUAGCUGGGAGAUGGAUUCACGCACCGUCAGGCCGAAUCUACAACACUACCUUCAAUGCACCAAAGGUUCCAGGCAAGGAUGAUAUCACGGGCGAACCCUUGACCAAGCGAUCAGACGACGACGAAGAGACAUGGAAGCAUAGACUGAAGAAGUUCGAGGAGACUAGUGAGCCUCUUCUUGAACAUUAUUCUCGGAAGGGCGUCUUGUGGGAGGUCUCUGGGAACAGCAGUGAUGAAAUUAGCCCCAAGCUGUAUGCUGAGUUUGAGCGAAGAUUCGCUGCUAGCAACUAGAGGGUGUCAGGGUUGUGAAGACCAGUGCUGGGUUGCUGUUCAGCAAGGCGUUGAUUUUGGACUUGGACUUUUGGAUGGUGAUUGUAUGAUAAUGUAAGCUUUUGGGCAAUAGAGUCCAUACUUAGCAGAGCUUUAUGAGCAGACCUAAUAAACUUUGGCGCUGAGGAUACGCAACUUCAUGAC